UUUUCAAGGAGCCGCAGCCAUACCCAAUUCGAAACUUUUGUGCCCCUCAAGUACCUCUUUCUUUUCCGGCUUCUCACUGCUGGCGGCUGCGGCCGCGGCGCCUGGGGGGGGCCCCUGGGGGCCCCCCGGGGGGCCCCCAAGGGGGCCCCCCAGGGGGGCCCCCAGGGGGGCCCCCAGGGGGGCCCCCGGGGGGCCCCUCGGGAGGCCUACUGGAAAGGGAUUUGUACCCUGGGUCUUGUCUUUGUGUGUCUGUUGCUGCGCUGGGCCUUCGGGGGGCGCAGCAGCAGCAGCAGCUGCCAGCUUUCUUGCUGAAAGAUGUUGUGGUUCACCGUGUCUUCUAUGGGGCCCCAGCAGCAGCAGCAGCAGCAGCAGCAGCAGCAGCAGCAGCAGCAGGGGCUGCAGGUGCGAACAGCGCUGGCAGCGGCGUCGAAGAUGACGCACCCGAGGCAGACAGAGACCCCGCGCUCCCUGCUGCUGCUGCUGCAGCAGCAGCAGCAGCAGCAGCAGCAGCAGGCAAAGCUCCCCAAGGCAAAGAAGCAGAAGCAGGGCAGGGCGCUCCUGCUGCUGCUGCUGCUGUGCGCUGCUACGAUGGCUGCUGGUCGAAGAAGGGCAUUACGCAUGUGCAGGUGUACAUCGUGUCUUGCCGGAAGUCUCGGCUGGUGCCGGUGGCUGCGCUGCUGCAGCAGCAGCAGCAGCAGCAGCCCGCGUACAAGCUGCAGUACGACUUGCAUGCGCACUUCCCCUCUCCUGCUGCUUCUCUUGCUGCUGCAGCAAGACAAGCAGCAGACUUCGUGUGGGCCAUUCCGCGGGCUUUGUGUCAGUCGGGGGCCCCCGGGGGCCCCCUGGGUCGGCGGCGGGGCCGCGAGGCCGCUGCGGAGCCGGCUGCUGCUGCUGCUGCAGCAGCAACAGCAGCAGCAGCAGCAGCAGCAGCAGCAGAGGCCCUCGGGGACGAAAAGACCCGCAGUCCAGCCAGAGAAUGGAAAUCUUUUCCUCCUUUUUGUCUCAUUUAUGCUGCUCUUAACAGCCGCUGCCUCUUCAAGCUGCCCCGCUGCUGCCCCGUGCUGCAGCUGCUGCAGCCCGAAGUCAACUGGGGGGCCCUCAUGGAGGGUACUUGGGCCCUCCGGGAGGCCCAGUGGCGGAGGGGCCCCCGGGGCCCCGGGAUCGACGCGAUCCCGAUCCCGAUCCCAGAAGAUGGGGGGCCCCCCCUCCCCUGCAUUCUCCACCACCCCAGCGAGGGGGCCCCCCCCCCGGGCAAACUCACUGUGGCGCUGCAGCCCUGGCUCAGAGAGGGGUGGCAGCCGCCCCCUUCUUGCCUGCGGGUUGGGGGGGCCCCCCUGCCCUCCGGGGCCCGGGGGGGCCCCCCGGGGGCCCCCCAGGGGGGCCCCCAGGGGGGCCCCCCGGCCGGGGCCCCCGGGGGGCCCCCGGGGGGGCCCCCGGCAGGCUCCCCCGGGGGCCCCCACGAAGCCCCCGAGGCCCCGGGCCCUGCAGGGGGCCCCCAGCAGCCGCGGGGGCCCCUCUUCCAGGGGGGCCCCACGGCCGUGGGGAGCGGGAAGGGGGCCCCCCCGCAGCAGCAGCAGCAGCAGCAGCAGCAGCAGCAGCAGCAGCAGCAGCAGGUGGAGUGCGUGGGGGGCACUGUUUCGGAAAUUGGUGCUGCAGUGGAAAGCCUGCAGCAAGAAAUUCCUUACAGAAGACUCUUGGGGGCCCUUGAAGAAGAAACUGAGGCCCUGGGGCCCUCUUUACUUUGGAACUUCGAAAUGCCCUACGCGGCGCGGGGGCCCCCCGGGGGCCCCCCGGGGGGCCCCCCGGGGGGCCCCCUGGGGGGCCCCCUGGGGGGCCCCCUGGGGGGGCCCCUCGGGGAAGGCCCCGAGGGCCUCGGCUGCUUUGCUGCAGACAGCAGCAGGGCCUCAGAAGAAACCCUGAGGGGCCUCAUUAGAGAAGUGCUUCAAGACUGCCCCAGGCAGAACCAGCAGCAGCAGCAGCAGCAGCAGCAGCAGCAGCAGCAGCAGCAGAGUGCGCGGCAAGGGAGUGCAAGGCUGCAGCGGAGAUUAGAAGACGCGGCAGCAGCGCCGUCAGCAGCAGCAGCAGCUGCUGCGGGGGCCCCCGGGGGGGCCCCCAAAAGGGUCAAAAGUGAUCUCGAGGGGGGCCCCCCAAGAAGCAGCAGGGGCCCCUGCAGCCGCAGCAGCAACAAACUGCCCGAAAGGCCAGCAGCAGCAGCAGAAGGGGGGCCCCCCCGCAGCACACCCAGUCUUAUGCCUUCUUCUCCCCGGGGGCCCCUAGGGGGCCCCGGGGCCCCCGGGGGCCCCGGGGGCCCCGGGGGGCCCCCCGGGGGCCCCGGGGGGCCCUCGGGGGCCCCCGGCAGCAGCGCUUCAGUCUCCAGAAGCAGCAAAAGAAGAAGAGACACUCCCCAAGGGGGGCCGUCCAGCAGCAGCAGCAGCAGCAGCAGCAGCAGCAGCAUUGGGUCGCGCUGCACAGCGCGGCGGCGGCUGUCGGCUUCGUCUGCUGCUUCUGGGAGCCCCCAGCAGCAGCAGCAGCAGCAGCAGCAGCAGCAGCAGCAGCGGGUGUCCGGGGAAGCAGAGGCUCGGGGAGGGGGCCCCCAAAAGGGUACUGCGUCCCCUCCAGCAGCUGCUGCAGCGAGCCUCCCAGCAGCAGCAGCAGCAGCAGCAGCAGCAGCAGCAGAAGCAGACAGGGGCAGAGGCCGCCCCAGAAGAAAUGGUUUGGGGGCUCUUAUAGAAGGGUCCCCAGAGAGGGAGGGGCCCCUACAAAAUGGUACUUGGGGGGCCCCCCAGGGGCCCCUGGGGCCCCUGGGGGGCCCCCCCAGUGCCCCUGGGGCGCUGGGCCCCCGGGGGGCCCCCCAGCUAAAUGGGACACAACAUUCUGAAGAGAACUUUCCUUUGCUGGUCUUUUCUGUUUCUCCUUCGCCAACUCCAGAUGCUGAGACCCGCAGCAGGGGCCCCUCAAUGGAGAAGGACCCCGAGGGGCCCCCCGAGGGGCCCCCGGAGGGGCCCCCCGAGGGGCCCCCCGAGGGGCCCCCAGCGCAGAGCCCCCCGGGGGGCCCCCAGGGGGGCCCCCAGGGGCCAGAAACCAACGGGGGUCCUCCUUUUGUACCCUCUAGGAGGGGGACAAGACUGCAGAGAACCCCUAAGACGUAA